AUGGAUAAGAAGAAAAGAUAUAUAGCAUUUCAUGUGGCAAGUCGAUUAAAUAAGCAGAUACGGACGGACAUUAUCAGCUCGCCAAACGUAAACGCGAAACAACAACGAAUAGAUAAGCAAAACGAAGAACAUGCAGUGUAA